AGAAAUUGGGGUGUUUGGUUAGCUUGUGUGGAGUGUCACCCGGAUAAUGGUGGUUUAGCUAGUGUAGCUGGCUCAAAUUAGGUCAAUGGCUAUUGAUUUACGUACGAAUAGAUGCUUGGGGAAUGCUCCCCAAAUAGUGAGGUGAGGCCAUAAAAUGUAAUUUGUCCAUUGGCCCUCAUGGAUUUUUUUGACAGCAUUAGUUAAGCAGGAAGACAAACGGCCUCAAGAUAUUUCUAUGCUCCUAAUGCAUUUGACUGCCAAGAUGGCGGAUUAUCUACUCGGUCACCAGGAGGUAAUUAGACUUGCGACAAAGUAUCAGGUUUUUUUCCCCUGGAAAGGGCUGUAUGUAUUGCGUGAAACACUUAUUUUCCUGUUAAUAAACAGGACUAAAGUAUUUGAAUACAUUUUGUAUCAAAACUCAAUUGGUAUCUUGAUGAGCAACUUGUUUAACAAAAGUGAAUUAUAAUGAGCAACUUGGAUGAACAUUAAAAACCCUCCUGUGGUUCGACGUGUACACCAGUUUGUAAGACACAUGGACAACAUAAUUGGAUUAAGUUGAGGUUGGUUUGCAUGAAAUAUGUAAUGCCCCUGGACCAAAGUAACUAACCUUAAGAUAGAUAAUGGACACAACGGAAAAACGGAAACAGGACGUGACGCCAUUUGUUACCGUAAUUGCGCAGUUCAGAUGCGCAUCAACACAGUGGGAAACAUCCACUAUGGCUGAGAUUCACAGCUUACAUGAGCUCCAGAAGCCUGUUGUCGCCUCCAAGGUGUUUAUCCAGAGAGACUACAGCUCGGGAACUAUUUGCAGAUUCCAGAGCAAGUUUCCUUCAGAACUUGAAUCAAGGUUGGACAAGCAACAUUUUGAGGAGACCAUCCAGACUUUAAACAACCUGUAUUCUGAAGCAGAGAAGAUUGGGGGGAAGUCCUACAUGGAGGGCAUCCUGGCCUGCCUCACCGCCUACACCUUAUUCCUCUGUGUGGAGACCCACUAUGAAAAGGUAUUAAAGAAGGUGUCCAGAUACAUUAAGGAACAAAAUGAGCAGAUAUACGCUCCCAGAGGACUGCUGCUGAUUGACCCCAUAGAGCGAGGCCUCAGAGUUGUGGAAAUUACCAUCUUUGAAGACAGUAUUAACUCUACAAGAUAAGGGAAACUGUGGGAUGAGCACUAGUUGUCAUGUGCAGAAUCACACCAUCAAGAUGUCUGCCUCUCCUGAAUGGAUGUAUAUAAUGGCGAUCUUUUUUUUUUGUAUUUAUAUAUUGUACACCCCACUGAUGGCCUGUCCAUUUCUUAGUACACGUGGUUACUGUGUGUCUUUUUAAACUCAAGCUGAUGUAAAAAGCUGGGCUUUUCACAUAGUGCCAUUGUGUCAAAUGUAUCUUGAUAAUGGUUAGACUGGUGUAGUGUUGCUAUUAGGGGGGUUUGCUAUAGACUCAAGUGGUCUGUAUAUCAGGAAAGUAGUACUUUGCUGUAUGAACCUGUAGGCUGAGGCAAAUGUGUGCAAGAAUGUAAUUUUUACUGAUCAACAUAAAGGGCAAAACAUUUUUAAUUUUUUUAAAACUGGAGAUGUUUUGUGACUCCUAAAUUGAUAUGUUUACUUGUUUUAUAUUAUAUAUCCUUUGUAUAGAAAUUAAUCCUCUCAGCCUCAAAUACAACCAAUCAGCUUUCUUCUACAUCUCGUUAUAUAGUGAAUGUGUUUUGUAUGAUCGUCUCACCACAGAAAACACUCCACAUUCCACUCAUGCUUGCUGUUGCCGGUGUACCUUUUAUCUUAAAAAUGUGGUGCUUUUUUCCCUUGUGGCCCUUGCGUAUCACUUCAUUUGCAUUUGCAUGUAUGACAUUUAACGUGGAUUACAAUCAUUGAAUGUUAAUAAAUAUGCAGUACAUGUUAUAUCA